AUGGUCACUCUUAAACUUCUUCUAGCUAUUUCUAAUAUCAAACAAUGGCAUACACUACAAAUCGACAUAAAUAAUGCUUUUCUAAACGGAGACCUCAAUGAGGAGGUCUAUAUGGCACUACCUCCUGGACUAACCGAUUCUGACCAUGACUCUACAGGUACCAAACUCGUGUGUAAACUCCACAAGUCGAUCUACGGUCUACGUCAAUCUUCACGACAAUGGUACAAGAAGCUCACGGCAGCUCUCAUCCAAGAAGGCUUCAAACAAUCCAAAGCCGACUAUACUCUCUUCACUCGAGGCACCAAUGACAGUUUCAUAGCACUCCUUGUGUACGUUGAUGACAUUGUCAUCACUGGUCCAAAUAUUCACAUUUUGCACCAGCUACAGACCACUCUCAAUCAACAAUUCAAACUUAAGGCACUCGGUCAGCUCAAGUAUUUUCUCGGAUUCGAAAUUGCGAGAGCUUCUACUGGCCUUUUCCUCUCUCAGCGACAAUAUACGCUUCAGUUACUCGAAGAUAAUGGCUACAUUGGGUGCAAACCAGCAAAAGCCCCCAUGGAUCCUAGAACCAAAUUGGAUGACCAACAAGGCGAGCUUCUGGCCAAUCCUUCAGAAUAUAGACAGCUCAUUGGCAAGCUCCUCUAUUUGACUUUAUCUAGGCCUGAUAUUACCUUCGCAGUAAACAACUUGAGCCAGUUUAUGUCUGCUCCUAGAACACCUCAUAUGCAGGCUGUGUCUCAUUUACUUCGGUAUCUCAAAGGAAGUCCUGGGCAGGGAUUACUAUAUCCUGCUAACUCCUCUAUGCAUCUCAGAGGUUUUUCAGACUCGGAUUGGGCUUCUUGUCCCGUUACAAGACGCUCAACUACCGGUUUUUGUAUUUUUCUCGGUGAUUGUCUCAUCUCUUGGAAGACCAAGAAGCAACCUACCAUUUCCAAGAGUUCUGCUGAAGCUGAAUAUCGGGCACUUGCAGCCACCACCAGUGAGAUUACUUGGCUUCAAUAUCUUCUCCAAGAUUUCCAAAUUCCACAACACAAACAAGCAUUUAUCUAUUGUGAUAAUCAGUCGGCAAUCCACAUUGCAAACAACCCCACCUUUCACGAGCGCACCAAACAUAUCGAGCUAGAUUGUCACUUCAUUCGCGACAAAAUCAACAACUCAACCAUUCGAUUAAUACCUGUUUCCAGCAAUCUACAGUUAGCCGAUGCCUUCACCAAACCUUUGCCUUCCACUACUCUCACUACUCAUACUACCAAGAUGUCUGUAUAUGACAUAUACAGUCCACCUUGA